AUGCAUAUUCAGAGACCACCACCAGGCCGGAGGCGCCUCCUCACCUCUAUAAUACUGUCGAUAUCAGCAUUAAUGCUGCUCGGCACUCCCACAAGAGCACAAAGGACAGAAGACCACCUUAAUCAACGAGACCUGUUCAGCGAAUAUGCUUCCCGCGGCGAGAUCCAUAUCGACACUGCACUCUUGCACAGACGAGCCGACUCCUCGUCCUCAGCUACCUCAUUCUCAGAUUCGAGAACUUCAGCUGUAGCAUCGUCAACGGCCGCUGCCGCGCCUUCCUCAAUACCUACAGACACUCCCGCAGCCCUUCCAGUACCCUUCGAUACCUUCUCCGCCGCCAACUUCACCGCCACCUCAUGUCCCGAUUUCUUCAACACAUUCCUCGGCAACUCAACGCUGAGGCAAUGUGCUCCAGUCUCCCUUCUUCUCCAAAACAGCGCCUCCUUCAUCACCGCUCAACGAUCGCCCUCUACCCUCCGUUACCUACUCGACACCGCCUGCGGAGCACCCAUAUCCAUCUGUGCAGCCACAUUGACGGACAUCGCCCGCCAACUCACCUCCGACGCGCACUGCGGCGCCGACUUCCGCGCCCGACAGCCCCUGGUCAUUCAAGCAUACAACGGCUUGGUGAGCUACGAGCCCGUCGCAACAGCAACGUGCCUCACUACGCCUUCAGACGCAUACAACGAGACAAGUGCCCCCGUCAGCCCCUCCACGUCAGGUGAGGACGACACGAAGAACCAGUACUGCUUCCUCUCCGCGCUCUCCAACAAGCAGAACCCCUCAGAUCCGUUUCCAUACUAUACUGGGAUUGGGAUGAACCUACCUCAGGUCGCCCGGCCGACAUGCAACGGCUGUUUGAAGCAGGCGAUGAGCAUCUUUGCGAAGUGGGCGGUCCGAUAUGAGCAGCCGCUUGCGGAGACGUAUCUGGACUGUGCUGGAAUUGUCAAUGGGGUGUGUGGGAGUGGGUUUGCGGAUGCGAAUGUCAAGGCAGGGAGUGUUAAUGACGCGCAGGGAAGCACGCAGCUGAAGAACAGUGCGGAUACGAGUGGUGCUGUGGUAGGUGUGAGAGGGUGGUCGAGGGGAAUGGUCUCGCUGACUGCUGUUGUUGUUGGUGUACUUGCGGCUUUGGUGUGA